CCCCGCGCCGCCGCGUGUCUCCCUCCCUCUCCCGCGUCCGCUCCUUCCCGCCGCGCGUCUCAGGGCUAGGGGUACCCAGCGCCCCCGCCCUGCUUUGUCCCGGGUGCAGCGCCCCCUGCCGGACACCGUGCUGCGUCUUUUGGGGCCCGCAGCGCCCUGGCAAAGAGGCUGUGAGCUGAACACCCCUGUUCUGCUAAGUGCUCCCACCAUGAUGUCCUGUGCUGCUGCAGGCCCAAAGCAACGAGGCCAGAUGAGACUGUGAGCCAGGACAAGCCCUUCCUCCUAACACAUUUACCCCUGGUGUGGAAGGCUAGCUCUGGGGCUGCCACUCCCUUGGAAACAUGGUGGCGUGGCUGUGGAAGGUGCUGGUGGGCGUUGGUCUCUCCGCCCUCGCCCAUGCUGCCUUUUCGGCUGCACAGCAUCGUUCUCACACGAGGCUGGCAGAAAUGAAGUAUGAGCCGCUGCCGGCUGAUAUAGUUCUCCAGACACUUUUGGCCUUCGCCCUUACCUGUUAUGGCGUAGUUCAUACUGCAGGGGACUUUAGAGACCGGGAUGCCACUUCAGAACUAAAGAAUGUGACAUUUGACACCUUAAGGAAUCGCCCGUCUUUUUAUGUGUUUCAACAUUCUGGUUCCAGUCUUCUCCAGCCUUCGGAUACAACUCGUUCUUCAAACCUCAGCGUGCCAUCUUCCGACGACAUACGGUUGAAGUUUUGAAAUCGCAAAUCAUUACUGCACCGUUCAGCUUUUUCUUUGCAAAUUAAGUAGCAGAAUUAAGUACUGGGAUUUGGGCUGUAAAACACCCCCUACACAUCAGUAUUUGUACUGAUAUUUCAGACUUAAUUUUAAAAAAUCUAUAAUUAAAAAACAAAAGAAAAGGUAUUUAUGUCAGGGACCCUCCUGCAGUUGUAGAAAGCUCAUUAACUGUGGGUUUGUUUCUGGGUGAGGCAAACAUUGGAAUCUCAGCCCAAGUAAAACAGACACUGCAGGUGGACCCCACCCCUCUGUCUGUCAAGGGGCCGAAUGGAACGUGAAAGCCUCAGUAAGGAAGACGUGCACUUUUGCAUGCUUGAACUGAGACAUCGAUCUCUCCCUGGCUCUGUCCCCUAAACCCAAACGUGAGCUCCUCGUGCAUUCUGAGCCUUUGAAACUGAGCUUGCAUGUGGGCUCUCCUGGGCUCUGCUCACUGACUACGUCCUGAAGGAACUUGAAGGUUUUCACAAUGUGUGACUUGAUUCUUCAUUAAGAGGAAUGUCUCUCACCAGAGGUUCCUUCUGGGCUCUCAGACUGAUGAUCUGGAGGCUGCUGUGAGCUAUAAGCUCAAAGGUGGUGAUGAUUUUCCAUGCUGGGUGAAGGGCAAGGCUAGCAUUCCCAGAACAGUGCACAUGAGAGGUCGAGGGAGCCUUGCCCCUGCCAAUCUAACUACCCCUGUGGCCAGUUCCACAUGUCGCUUGCUAUGGCAGAUUAUAUGCCCACUUCUCUUGCUGUGGUUCCAUACGAGAUUCUGGCAUUUACAAAGGUAUUAAGUUUGUCAGAGGACAAGAACCAAGGAGGGGGAUGUGUUUAUGUAAAACGGUCCCCUGGUAUCUACAGAGGAUUGACUCUAUAACCAUGCACAGAAACCAAAAUCCUCGGAUGCUCAAGUAGCUUUUAGAAAAUGACAUGGUAUUUCCAUAGAAACUAUGCCCACCCUCCAUAUACUUCCCGUCAUCUCUAGAUUACGCAUGACACCUAGUACCAUGUAAAUCCUGUGUAAAGAGAUGCUGUACUGCAUUGUUUGGGGAGUAAUGAUAAGAAGAUGCUUGCAUAUGUUUGCUACAGAUGGAAUUUCCCCCAGAUAUCUUUGGUUAGCAGUUGGCUGAGUCUGUCUGGUUUGUUUACUUGUCCUUAUGGUCUACUUUGACAAGAAUGUCGUCUCCCUGA